AUGACUGCCAUUGCAAGCCCAAUAAGCCAUUCAAUUAUUUGUCAGCGUUAUGUGCUUGAUGACUUGCAACUCUCGGAGACUUUCGAUCUUCUUGAUGUCGACAAGGAUGGUCGAUUGUCCCGCAAUGAAAUUGCGUCGCUUCUUCGGACUAUCAAUGUUGAGCCAACUCGCGUUGAGCUCGACUUUAUUUUCCAGGAGAUGGACACCGACAAGACUGGCAAAAUAAGCAAAGAGGAGUUUGUGAACUACAUGAGGUCUCCGCCCGUUCAUCGCACCACUCUUCACGAACUUGAGAGCCAAUUCAGAAAGUUUGAUGCCGAUGGAGAUGGAGCCAUAACUGAAGAGGAAAUGGCGUCAAUUUUGCAAAAAACGGCGGACUUGACCGACCGUAAGGUGAUUCGCGAGAUGUUCAAAGCGACUGAUGUCAACGGCGACGGAAAAAUCUCGUUCUUGGAAUUUGUCAAAAUGAUGCAAGAGUAA